AGUUCCCUGCGGGCUGACCACCGCGGCGGGCGGGCAGCCGCGGCCGGCGGAGCCAGGGGCUCGGCACGGGGUGGGCCGCGGGGCACCCCGAGGCGGCUCAGUGACCCGUCAGGUGGCUCAGUGACCCGUCAGGUGACGUCAGGUGACCCGCCUGUGGGGCAAGGCAACGUAUCAUGGCCACCACCCGUGCGUUCGUGCAUAUGUUGGUCAACAGUGUGUGUCUGCCUCAUGACAGCUCCAUUACACCGGAGCAGUGGGACGCCACCACCAGCGCCGCCUGCGACGCCGUCACCCGGAGUCUACGGUCCUCUGAUGGCCAGCUAAACGAACUGGCCCGCGGGAUCAACCCAGAAAUAUUGCGGGGACAAACCAUCAGGAUGGCCGUCAAACGGCUGCCGACGCCGGCCUUUCUGAGCUCGCCUUUCGAGCCCGACCGCUGGUCGUUCCGGGUGAUCGACUUCCUGGCCGGCGUGUUCAACUUCUCGACUGAGUUUGUGCCGUCCCAGCCGGCCGCUGGCGGAGUGCCGAGUCUGUCCGACGGCAGCUGGACGGGCCUGACCGGGCAGCUGGUCAGAAAGGAGGUCAAUAUGACGGCCAGCUUCCUGGCGGCCACCAGCGGCAGGAUCGACGCCGUGGCCUUUGGACAGACAGUGGGACACUCGCAGAUCGGCCUGCUGAUUCAGAGGCCGACCGCGCAGACCCGCGACGACUCGCUACUGGCCCCAUUCACCAGCCAGGUAUGGAUCGUGAUCCUGCUGUCCAUGCUGCUGAUGGGACCUCUCAUCUGGCUCAUCAUACGGUUCAGAGUGUGGCUGGCGCCCGGUGACGUUCAUCUAAACCGCAUCAUUCCGCUGACGUCGUGUAUCUGGUUCGUCUACGGAGGUCUGAUGAAACAGGGCACCACCCUGCAGCCCAUCACCCAUUCGUCUCGUAUGUUGUUUGCCACGUGGUGGAUCUACAUCACGGUACUGACGGCAUUCUACACUGCCAACUUGACCGCCUACCUGACCUUCUCCAGUAUGAAGGUGGAGAUUGAAACGGUGGCCGACUUAUACGCCAGUGAACAAGCCUGGCUCGCACCUGCCGGUGACAGCAUUCAGAUGUUUGUGGACGGCUCAAUGACAUUGCGCGCAAUGUACGAGCAAGGCCGAGGCUCGUUCAUUAGUGAUUACGAGACGCCCGCUCAGAUCGUACGCAAGGUCCGCGGCGGAGGAUACGUGUACAUCGAUGAGGUGACCAAGUUGAAGGCCAUGAUGAUGGAAGACUACCACAAGAGCAACCAAACGUGCAGCGUCUACGUUGUGACGCUGAAGGAUCAGUACUUCAAGCUGGCCCUGGCGGCGCCGAAGGGCUCGCCGCUUCUCGACGUCUUCGACCCAACAUUGCAGUGGCUGGUGAUGACCGGAAUCCUUCCCAAGUGGAGCCAGGACGCCGCCGUGGACUCUGCUCCAUGCGAGGCCUCCGACAGCAUCCAGGGCACCAAGCUGCGCCGCUCCGAGCUGCGCAUGGUCUUCUGGGUGAUGCUGGUCGCAUACGGCUCUGCCUGCGGGCUGCUGGCGCUCGAGCUGACUCUCUCCUGGUUGGUGCGCCGGUACCGCCGAGGUAACACACAGUCAAAGGAUCCACCGACAAUCUCUGGGGUCCGUCAUGUGGUGCUGCACGCGAAGAGCGACUCCAACGUCCACAGGGCGUGGAUGGAGCCGGCGGGGCACAUGUCCUCCAUCUGGGCGUCUCCCUUCGCGGACCCGCACCUUGACGGAAGGAGGUCCAAGGGAAAUACGUCACCCUCGGGAGAUACGUCCAAGCCCGAGGAUCAGCGAGCACUGACCAGGAGCGACCGAGAGGUGAUCCAAGACAUGAGGUCCAACAUCAGAAGGAUAAACGGACGUCCGUACAUGUUUGUUCGCUCUGGCGAGGGAUUACAACCCGUACCGGUGGAUGAGGACAGGGGUGAGCAGCUCAUGAGUAUAUUCCGCCGGCUGAAGGGACGGCCUCGUCACCCCACCGGGCGACCCGAUCGCUAGACUGACUGAGGUAUGCCCCUCGGGAGUCUCAUGUUCAAGGCUGUCAAAUGCCUAUGUCAAUGAAAAUGUUUUAAAGAAAAUUUACGUCUGAUAACGUGAUAAAUCAUUCAAAUAAUCAACAAUUGCUCCUUAGCUGGAAACCUACUAAAAAGAACUAUGGACCUAAUUUGACCCAAUCUGCACCUAAUGUGCACCAAAUGUGUACCAUAUAUCCGUCGUGAAAACGGUUAUUGUGGACUUGUGCAAUGACUGGAGGGAAGCCUGUGAUCAGUGGUCAGUGUAAUGCGACGACGCACACGAGUCAGUUGGAGCACGUUAUUAUAAACUAGCUCUAGGGAUGUGAUAUUGAAUUGUGAUGGUGACAGGGUUAGUCACACAGUCGCUUCAUCUUCAGUUUCCAUUGUAAGCAGGACUCACGAUGUAGAAAAGUAGUAAACAAGGGCAAAUGGCUGUCAGAGACACCAAAUAGUGUAUCGUCCAAUAUGCAAUGGCUAGUACGGGUCCACGCGUGGAACAUUAACGUAUACUUAGGCACACUGUCAACUAUGUAUGUAUAUGGAUGUUGUUUGCACGACAGUCUAUGUGAAAAUGUAUUCUGGUUACUCGAAACGUAACACCCUACAUUCAAACCGAGUAUGUUUGAAGUUGAAGUGAGGUACAA